UCAAUAUAUAAUCACUGCAUCUUGUAUAAAUUUGAAUAUUUUAAAGUAAAUGGUGAAUAAUACAUACAUUUUAUGUUUCUCGAUAUGUUACUUUUUGCAAGUGUAUUUAUAACCUUACUGCUGAUUUUUCUUGAGAAAAGUAACAUCAUAUUUUCAUUCUAAUUUAUCACAUAUGCCGAAUCUACAAAUUAGAAAAUGAAUGCUGGAAUUGUGUUUGAUCAAAGUCUUUUUGGUAACUUUAGGCAUAGUCUGGCAAUGUUCUUUGUCUGUAGGCUCAAAGUUCAAAUACAUAAAAGUAUCAAAGGUCAAAGUAAAUAAUAGAAUAACAAAAUAACUUGUGCUACAAAAUCACCACCAUUAUCCCAGCCAUGGAAACCUCUAGAUAUGUUAAACGCCUAUGAUGUCAUAAGAAUAUUAUAUUUCUUUUUAUGCAUUGCUUUGAAAUAUUCAAAGCUUACAUUGCCGCACAUUCAUUCCACCAAGUGAGCAGCACGCAUCAUGGAUGUAAGCUUUAUUUGGCUGUUCGUUUGUAUGAUAUUCUACAUCAUUUCCUUAGCAAAUGGUUUUAAAAUUAAGACGGUCAUUUUCCGAGUUCGCGGUAAACGACAUGACGCUCGCAAAUGUGCAAUGGAUAUUCUAAACGAUGACUUCAUUAUUGGAAGUAGAAUAGCUGACAAAACAGGAAAAUGCGAGAAACAGACAAGGUCCUCCGACGAAUUUCAAACGACAGAACCUGGAUAUGGAUACGUGGAAAAAGUGUACACGAAAAAAGGUUUUCAACCAGCGAUCUCACCAGAAAGACUAGCUACAGAAGAUGGCAUUUUUAACUUUACCGGACCUCUCAAGAUAGGGUCAAGGCUGGAUUUUAAUUUCGCUAGAACGUCACCUGUAUUUUACCAUAUCUUGUUGAUGCAUGGCGAGGGCAGCAAAUCAUUCUGGAGCUUGAGUCUUAGCGUAAGGGAGAAAGAUUCAGAAAUGGGGAUAGUGAACGGUAACGCUCUAAAAGGAAGAGUGAUCACUUUCGAUGGGGCCACCAUGUGUCCGUUGAAUGAAUGCAAGUUUUCACUUGUUAUCAGCGACGGUAAAAUACAGAUCCUUGUCGGUGAUCACUAUUUACAAAACAGCACAACGGUUGUAGAGUUGGCAAUAUUACGAGAGAUGGGAAAAGUGGUGUUUUCUGCAUCUUCAGAGAAUGAUAUUACAUUCAAUAGUUUUGAGUUUACAAAGUAAUCAAAAUGGGACUGACGCUGUUUUGAAUUGAUUUUUUUAUUAAAACAAUCGGGAAAUUUGCUAACAUUGAUUUUGAUAGAACAAUUUAAUAAUUGAGCAAUCAUUUGUCAUGAAGAAUCUUUUGUUUAGCUUUUAUUGUAGAAUUUUUCAAUGUGUUGAGGUAAUAACAGUUACUGAUUAUUCUGAGGGUUCAUUACGAAAGGGACUCCACUGAGUUUUUUUGACAUUGCGGAUUUGAAUUUAUUUUCCCAAGAUUUGGGUACCAAUUGAAUAAGGUCAAGUCCAGUAAUUUGUGUGCAAAUUGUCAUUCCCUCAUCCUGUUUUAUCAGAAAAGUAUAGUUAUUUUUAUUGUAAAAAUUGGCACAAAAAUGAAAAUCGUUGCAACGCUUUCACUCAAAUCAAAUUUCGCAUAAAAAAAGAACGAUUUGAAAUUUAAUUAUGUCUAUAUUUCUUUGAUAUCCUUUGUGCAGAUUUUUACAUUUAAAGUGCUACACUCGAUUUUUGAAAGAUUUUCAAUUUUAUGUUUAUAUGUUUUUAUGCCUUUGCACGUCAGUGGAGUUCUUCUGGAAAACCAGUAUAAAGACAGACCAGCCCUGUACUUCCGGUUUAGUCUUUUCUGGCAUAACACUACUUGCAGCUUGAUGCUUUUUUGUAAAAGAAAUUCAUUCCUUUGGAAGAACUUUUCCAAAAUCAAAGUAGGACAAAUUGUUUUCCGCAAAGGCAGCAGAUUAAGGGACGAGUCAUUUUUGGUAAUUGUUGAUAAUAACUCAAUUGUAUGUCUUUUGUAUGUAUUGAUACUUCAAUGCUCACUAUAUCCUUUGAUAAUAAUAUAAAAGGCACUGCUUUCAAAUGACCAAUUCGUGAUAUCGUUAUAAAACAUAUUACGUAUGACACUUAGAUUCAUGUAAUUCGUGAUAUCAUUAUAUUAUGUAUAACACCAAAUUUCAUGUAACAGUAAUAUAACUUACUGGAAUUGAAAUUACUUACUGGAACUGAAAUAACUUAUUGCAACUAAAAUUUACUUAUUGGAACUAAAAUGACUUAUUGGAACUUAAUUUUUGCACAGUAUGUUUUACUUAACCUUUACCGUGCUAUUUACCCGUGCAGUCAGUGCAGAUAAAUAUCAGCCAUCACAUCCGGGCGUUCUGAUCAUAGUCUGCACUGUUUUCUAUUCAUUCAGUUUAUAUUUCGAAAUCGUUCCUUUAGUGGCAAAUGCUUUUCUCCAAACUGAAAUGUGGACAAGUCCAUUUAAGGUUUAUUUAUCGUGGUGAAAGAUAAUCGUUUUUUUUAUGAUCAAUUCAAACAAUGUGUUCUUUAAAAACUUAAUCUGUGUUAUGUAUAACAUGAAAACGAUAUUAGCAAUUUACUGUUUUUUAAAGCUGAAUUAUACUUUUUUAUAUAUGGAAUAGUUGAUACUGCCUGGUACAACGUAAAAAGAUGUCAGAUUCACUGUUAAUUAACUGUAAGUUGAAUUUUGAGAUCAUAAAUCCAGAAAAUUGAAUACCGCUCAAGUCGGUGCUAUGGGGUGUGAGGGUGUCGCACUUUUUCGAUCAAACCGAGUCUGCACUUUUCAUUUAAUUUUAUUGUAAUUAAAGCUUCCGAGGGAUCAUUCUUUCUCCAGCUUUUUAGAAUUUCUUUUGGUUAUAGUUUUAUUUUCUAUUUGAAAUGGUGAUGAAUGCAUGAGUCAUUCUUAUUUUGUGAAAUGAAUAAAUAUUACAUUUACAUUUCUCAUUUAGGAUAAAUUGUUGUUAUCUACUUCGUUAAAUGAUAGAAUAGCAUUUUUUAACGACGGUACAUAGUUUUUCUUUAUUUUAUUAAAUGAAUGAUGAAGCAUUUCUCAAUUAUGAUAUAUUGUCGUUAUCUAUUUUGUUAAAUGAUAGAAUGUAGCAUUUCUCAACGAUGAUAUAUUGUUGUUAUUUAUUUUGUUAAAUGAAUGAAUGAAUGAAUAAAUGAAUGAAUGAAUGAAUGAAUGAAUGAAUGAAUGAAUGAAUGAAUGUAGUAUUUCUCAAUGAUGAUAUAUUUUUGUUAUUUUUGAAUUAAUCUAUAUAGCUGCACAUGAACGUUUGUUGAUCACAAAGCAUAUAUGUUACUGAGAUGAUUAUUAUAUAAAUAUGACUUUCCUAUUAUGUUAUUUUAGAAGUUAGUUGAUUUUGGUAAUGGAUCU